AUGAGGGUACUCGGCGCCAAUGUCUUUGGGGUUGGCAUUUACGUGGCGUAUGAAUUGAAGUUCAUGCCUGCAUACGAGGCAGAAAGUGCUCCCAUGGUGGCCAUAGUUGUGGUAGUCAGCGCUGCUCUAAUUAUCAUUUCGCUUAUUGGAUGCAUUGGGGCUCUGCUUAGAAAGCCCUGGAUGUUGGGAGUUUUCUCUCUGGUUACAACAAUCUUGGCUCUAAUUGAAAUUGGACUCUACCUAACCGUAGUUCUUUUGGCAAAUGAGGCAAAUGAAACUGAACUGAGCAAAAUAAUUCUUGACUAUGCCGCUCCAGUUGGGAUUUGCGUCAACUUAUUGGCCGCUCUGCAGAUCUUCUCCGGUGGUUUGGCUUGUGCUGUCGUGCUUGGAAUUUAG